UAUCCUAAAAAAUUCAUCGACCACUCCCAUAUUUCUAAUUUAGUCCUCAUGCACCGGCGAUCCCAGUUUAUUCUCCGCCGCCACCUGUCCCACCUCCACUUCCAUUCCGGCGAGCCCGCUUCCCAUACCUUUCCCCGAUCGAUCCCUCCUCCAUGCUCCACCGCGAUCUCCUUUCGCGUCUGCGAUUCCAUCCCUCCAAUGGCCACUUUCGGCCUCGCCGACUACGACGAUCUUCUGCGAGGGUGCACCCGCAGGCGCGCGAUAAAGGAGGGCCGGGUCAUCCACGCCCACAUGAUCAAGUCUCAUUUUGUCACUUCCGUUCGCCUAGCGAACCGGCUCCUUGUCAUGUACGUCAAAGGCGGUUCCUUGGAGGACGCCCGACAAGUGCUCGACGGAAUGUCCCAGAGGGACGUGAUCUCCUGGACUGCUAUGAUGUCGGGGUACUCUCAGCACGGUCGAAGCUUUGAGGCCUUGGAGCAACUCCCCAGGAUGCUAAGAACAGGUAUAUUGCCCAACGAAUACACAUUGGCUACAGUUCUUCCUUCUUGUACUGGCCACUCUGGUCAAGAUCAUGGCAGGCAAAUACAUUCUCUAGCAGUGAAAAGUAACUUCGAUUCUCAUAUGUUCGUCGGGAGUUCACUGCUUGACAUGUACUCCAAGGUUGGUGAAGUCAAAGACGCUCGAAGAGUUUUCAACAUGCUGCCUCAUAGGGAUGUUGUUUCUUGUACUGCUAUUAUCUCUGGAUAUGCCCAGUCAGGCCUCGAUGAGGAAGCUCUGAAAGUGUUCCAACAGCUGCAGAGAGAGGGAAUGGAAUGUAACUAUGUUACUUUUGUCAGUCUGUUGACUGCAAUCGCCGGACUUGCUGCUUUGGAUUUCGGUCGGCAAGUGCAUGGCUUGGUUAUCAGAAGUGAGCUUCUGUUUUAUGUAGUCCUCGACAACUCUUUGAUUGACAUGUACUCUAAAUGCGGAAGCUUGAAGCAUUCAAGAAGAGUCUUUGAUAACAUGCCUGAGAGAUCAGUGAUUAGUUGGAAUACAAUGCUUAUGGGUUAUGGUAAACAUGGUUUAGGAAGAGAGGUUGUUCAGCUCUUUAAGUCCAUGUUUCGAGAAGUGAAGCCCAAUGGUGUUACUUUCUUAGCUGUGCUAUCUGGCUGCAGUCACGGUGGAUUGAUCGACGAGGGUCUAGACAUUUUUGGUUAUAUGGUCAGUGAUCAAAGGUUGAAACCAGAAAUAGGGCAUUAUGGAUGUCUCGUAGAUCUACUCGGGCGUGCUGGCAGAAUAGAAGAAGCGCUAGAUGUGAUCAAGAACAUGCCAUACGAACCGACAUCUGCCCUAUGGAAUUCACUUCUAGGUGCGUGCAGAUUGCAUGCUAAGAUUUCGAUUGGCGAAGUUGUUGCUCGAAAGCUUCUCGACAUGGAACCUGACAAUGCUAGUAACUAUGUGAUACUUUCGAAUAUUUAUGCUGCUUCAGGAAGAUGGCAAGAUGUUGCCAGAGUGAGGGAGUCAAUGAAACUGAAAAAACUGACGAAAGAACCAGGGAGAAGCUCCAUCCAACUCGACAAGGUUAUGCACAUUUUCUUUUCCAGUGACCGUUCUCAUCCCCGAAGGAAAGAAAUUUUUGAUAAGAUUACAGAGGUGUGCGAAAGGAUCAAAGCGGCAGGUUAUGUUCCAGAUCUUAGCUGUGUGCUACAUGAUGUAGACGAUGAGCAAAAGGAAAGCAUACUACUUGGGCAUAGCGAGAAGUUGGCCAUAGCAUUCGGGCUAAUGGGCAAUGCUUGUCGCGAGUCGAUUCGCAUCACAAAGAACCUCCGAAUCUGCAUUGAUUGUCAUAAUUUCGCAAAGUAUGUAUCGAAUGUAUAUCAAAUGGAGAUAUCUUUGAGGGAUAGCAGCCGGUUCCAUCUAGUUGCCGGAGGGGCGUGCAGCUGUGGGGAUUACUGGUGAUCGACAGCGAUCUGAGGGAUCAGUUGGAGAUGGAAUUUGAACUGAGCCAAUUGGGCUGGUCGGAACCAGCCAUUUGAAAGCAGACGGUGUUGUCGACAUGACAAACUGAUCGAAUCUGCCCCAGUAAACUAUCCAACAUGUCGAACGAAGUGGACUAUUUGGGGAGCUCAACCAGGCUGAGUGAACCAUAAUCCAUCUCAUAGAGUGAUUUUAUUAUCACCAAAGUUCGUUCAUUUCCUAUGAUUAUAACUUUCCUUUUCCUUGAGAUUUGGAAAGAUUUUAGGGCAAGAAUCACAAGAGCAGUCCUAUAUUUUUGAAUAUCACAUCACACAUGGGCAUCUUUUUUUCGUUGUGUUAUAGGUUAUGUAUCCAUUGUAGCGAUUAUGAAAUUAUAAUUAUGUUGUUGAACAAGUAGGAUUUAAAUUUAAAA